GUCACGAGGUAAACAGAAGCAGCUUCCGCAGUAAACUUCAUGUACUAACCGCCGCUGGUCGAGAAACAGUUUGGGCGAAAUCCUCCAAAAAUGCGUCACUGUGUUUUCCUUAUUUUAGCUGCUGUGCUGUCCGUCGCAACGACACAGUUUAUCCCACCGUAUACAGAAGAAUGUCGGACAGGAAUGUAUCCCCCAAAUGGUCCCACGUUCAGAGGAGCUGUCAGUUGGUACACGGUGGACCUCGACUUACCGCCCAGCAAGAGAUGGACAGCUGUGAUUACUGACAAAAAAACUGAUCUGAUCGAAAUGAUUCAGGCCAUCAAAGACUUGGCGAAUGCUUUUGUGCCCAGUGGAAAGCUGAUUGAGCUGGUUGACAUUACGCUGCCUCUGAUGGUGGACACACUCCCAAACCCUUUCAGUGAUGAAAUCAAAGGCAUUGCAGCUGUUUCAGGGAUUCAUCUUGGUGAAGUCGUGUUGUUUAACAUCUUCUAUGAGGUGUUCACUGUGUGCACAUCAGUCGUGGCAGAAGACAAUAAGGGUAACCUCGUCCAUGGCAGAAAUCUGGAUUUUGGAUUAUUUAUGGGCUGGGAUGUGAAAAACAAGUCAUGGAUCAUUAGCGAGAAACUGAAGCCGCUGGUGGUCAACCUCGACUUCAAGAGAAAUAACCAGACUGUCUUCAAGUCGACAAACUUUGCUGGAUAUGUUGGCAUGCUGACAGGAAUCAAGCCUCACAUAUUCACUCUGACUAUGAAUGAGCGCUUCAGCCUGGACGGAGGUUACAUUGGAAUCCUGGAGUGGAUCUUGGGACAGAGAGACGGGAUGUGGAUGAGCUUCCUCACUCGCUCUGUCCUAGAAAAUGCAAACAGCUACGAGGAGGCCAAAACCCGGCUGGCUCAGACCAAGCUGCUGGCUCCAGCUUACUUCAUCCUCGGAGGGAACCAGACGGGCCAGGGCUGCAUCAUCACCAGGUCCAGACUGCUCAGUAUUGAUAUCUUGGAGAUUGACCUGAAGCUGGGCCGGUGGUACGUCCUGGAAACAAACUAUGAUCACUGGAAGGAGCCUUUCUUCCUGGAUGAUCGCAGGACUCCUGCCAAGAAGUGCAUGAACCAGACCACACAGACAAAUAUCUCACUCAAGACCAUAUAUGACGUCCUCUCAACCAAACCAGUGCUAAACAAGUUGACGACAUACACAACUUUGAUGCAAGUGUCAGAGGGAAGCCUGGAGUCGUAUAUCCGCGACUGCCCAAACCCCUGCAUGCCCUGGUAACACUCCAACCACUGAACCCUGAUCAGUUUGUGAAUGCCUAUCUGCACUGAGAAGCUGUGACAGAGACAAGCUCGGCUGAUUCUGGGACACAAGUUGAGGUUGAUCCUUUAACUGUUUGCACAGCUUCCAAAUCACCUGAACCAAAGUUUGUCUUGUGUUUUUCCAACUACUGGGGACGACUUAAAGCUUUAAAAAUACUAAAUCCUCCUUUUUUCUGUCACGAGGGAAAGUGGUUCAGAAAUGAAUCGAACUUGUAAAUGUUUCUGUUAUUUUUACUGUAAUAAUGUAAAUGUGUUAUUUACGAGAUGAGUCCAUCAGUGGAUCCUAACACGGGCAUUCAGACCGCAGAGAUUAAUCCUUGUGUUUAAUUCAAUUAAUGCAAAAAUAUUGUUCUAAUUUUGUUAAUUUUCUCAAAUCCAGCCCACUCUCACCACUCUGUGCCUCCACACUGUGUGGUCCUGCAUUAAUGUUAGAAUUUUUUAAUCCGUGUUGCAAGUCAAAAUGUUUAACGACUAAGUUAGUUUCAGGUACUGUCUUCCCACAUGACAACUGACCUUUUCGCUCAUCAAUAAUGGCAAAUGUACCUCAGUUUUGACCUCUUCCUUGUCAUUUUUAAAGAUUGUUAAUAAAAUUUCCCAAAUUAAA